AGAAACUCAUUUGUUAGUGGAAGAGUGACAUGUAAACACUAGAAAUUUUGUUAAAAAACUUCUAAGUCACAUGGUUUUUCGAUCAAAUUUGUUUGUUGUGAUACAGUAAUCUUUCUUGAUAAUUUUUGGUGUUUAAUUCUUAAAUUUUUUUGGAUAGUGGUUUAAAUUUUUGCCUCGAUUAUUGAGUUACCUUGCCGGGUCUUCUUGAAAUUUUUGUGUAAUGUGAGAAAAAUAAUAUGGGAAAAUUUUAAUAUGAAUUUUGAAGUUUUCUGAGAAAUGUGAAAAAGAAUGGAGUGUGGCGUCCAAAGUGCAAUGCUGAGUGUACCACCAGUCGGGGAGAGUGGAGUACAGCAGUCUUUGCCUGCCGUCUACUCUCCGUCAGAUGCAGAUCAAGCACAAUUUGAAGCCGACAAAAGAGCUGUCUACAAACAUCCGCUAUUUCCUCUUCUGGCUCUUCUUUUCGAAAGAUGUGAACUUGCUACUCAAUCUUCGGACCCUCAAUCUAGUGACGCUUUCAAUUUAGAUAUACAAGCGUUUGUACAACACCAAGAACGUGAUAGAAAACCUUUUUUGGCUAAUGAACCUGAAAUUGAUGGACUGAUGAUUAAGGCAAUUCAAGUAUUAAGGAUACAUUUAUUAGAAUUAGAAAAAGUUCAAGAAUUAUGCAAAGACUUCUGCAAUAGAUACAUCACAUGUUUAAAAGGAAAGAUGCAGUCAGAGAAUUUAUUGAGGUCCGACUAUCCACAAGAUGUUUUGGGCAGUGGAAUGAUGUCCAGUAUGGAAAAUAAUAAUAAUAGUAUGAUGCCGCAUGGUAAUUCAGAAAGUGGAUCGGCUUCAAAUAGCCCAGUGCAAUAUUCUAUUAGUCCGCCCCAGCAAGUUCACCCAAAUCCCGCUAUGAUUGAACGACCUAUGGAUACGCCAACCACUUAUCCACUACCUCCAUACGUUGGGAAUAGCGGUCCGACUCCUCCGUUGCCGCCUUCUCAGCCACCCCCACCUCCAGAUAAUCUCAUUGUUCACGGCUCUACGCCAUUGGGACAAAUCGGAGCCAAUUUGUGUUCCUCUGUAACUCCAAGUGAGAGUUCAGGACCUCUGUCUCCUGCCCCAACUACACCAGGUGGCUCAGCAGAUGACUGUGAUAGUGAUUUUAAUUCUAAGGGUGGCAGGAAACAAAAGAGAGGAGUGCUGCCUAAACAUGCUACUAGUGUCAUGAGGUCGUGGUUGUUUCAACACCUUGUGCAUCCAUAUCCAACAGAAGACGAAAAACGACAUAUAGCAGCUCAAACUAACCUAACACUGUUGCAAGUCAACAACUGGUUUAUAAAUGCAAGACGUAGAAUUUUACAACCGAUGUUAGAUGCUACUAAUCCUUCAGAUACCAACAGUGCUACUAAUUCACCGAGUCAUAAGAAAAAGAAGAGUCACAAUAAUAAUAGAAGGUUCUGGCAACAAGAUUUCGGUAACAUGCCUGCACAAUUGGACAGUGGCAUUUUGUCGAGUUCAGACGAGGAAGGCGAUUCAUAUAGUAGUGAUGGUGAAGAAGGUAGCUUAGUUAUAGACGCAAAUGCUCAGAGUGGUGAAGUUAACCAACAAAAUGGUCAUACAGUAGAUGUUUUAGGUUAUAACAAUAGUCCGGACGCCGAUAGACAGUGAAAUUAUCUGAGAUUUAAUGUUCCUUAAAGAUAAGCUUGUAGGCGGAGGUUAAUUUAAGUAAUCGUUUGAAUUCAUUUUAUCAAUUUGAUCAUCAUUUCAAACAUACAAUUUUGUUGAACAUUUGUUGUUAUUCACCAAAUCCGAAAUGUGUAAUUAUAAAUGGAAGUUUAUUUAUAGACGUUCUAGAAGAAAGUAUAUUGUAUGUAAAUUAUGAUCUAACCCACAGUAGUGGGAUUGUGUCACAAAUUCCAAUUGUGUAAAGAUUAAACUACACAAUAUUUCUUUAAGAUUAGCAAUAAAAGAAUGAAUUAAUUUUUUAAACAAAUUGGAUAUUCGUGUCAUCACAGCUAUUUGAAAAUACUAGUCACAAGACUAAAACAAAUAAGUAGUAACCAAAUGCAAAAAAGUCAUAAGACUGAAUGGAAGAAAUAUAUGUAAAGUAACAAAACAAGUAACAAUACUUCUUUUGUGUUGCCCAACUUUCAUUAUUAUGUUCUUGGAAACAAUCCAAACAAACUUGGUACAUCUAACCAUAUAACCUUUGUAAUCUAUACAUUAUUAUGCGUUUGUUGAUUCAAACUAUAAGUUUUAAAUUAUUAUGAAAAAUGAUUAUAAAAACGAUAAAAUAAGAACAUUUAUAUUAAAACGACAAAGCCAUAUUACUAUUGAUUAUUAAACUGUUAUGUAAAACAUAUUUCACUUUUUGUCUUUAUAAAGUUGAUUCAAAGAAAAAUUUACUCGAAGUCAACUGUUAAUUUGAAAAAAACAUUCAGUUUGCUUAAGAAUGUUUUAAAUAUCACAUUAAAAAUGACAUAGACGUAAAUAAAUAUUCAGAUUGCAACGAUAUUUUUGCAAUUAUCGCUCAAAUUUCAUUCAAUCCUGGUGUAGUUAUAAUUACUUUGAAACAUAUCAAAAUCUUUAUUUACCUUGAUGUUCUUAGUUUUAAAGUAUAUUUAAUAUAUGACCUAUAGGCUGGAAAAUUUGAUAGAUAAUAAGAAAAUAAAAUAUCAACAAAGGACAUAGAAUGCUGGAGAAGAAGCUAAUAUUUGAUAAGGACGCAGUUCAGGAAUGAAAAAAAUGAAAAGUAGAAUGCAACGCAAUAAAAUCAUGAUUAAUUACAUUCGAGAAUGUCGGAGACAAUAGGAAAAUAUAAGUAGAUGAGAAAAAUGUGUGGGAUCGCACAAGAAGGAAAAGAUACCUAUACUUUAGAUUGUUUCACCUUACAUUUCUAUGUAGCAAAACUUGAUAUUGCAAUCUGAAUAUCGAAUGGAAAAUGUGAUUAAUUAUUUGUUAUCAAUUUUUAGUUUGUAAUUGCUUACUUGUCUACUACUGACUGCAUAAAUCAUCUCAAUGCCAAUAACAAACUACGUGGCACCAAAAAGAUUUGUGAUAAUAUACAAGUUUAAUUUCAAAAUAGCCUGGUGCAUUUAUUUUUUUAUUGUUUUCGUAUUAUCAAACGCAGCUUUCUUGUUUUUUUAAUCUGUAAUUAAAGCUGACAUGCUGACUGGUUGUCGGAUUACCAAAAAACAUCAGAUUAUCAAAUAUUGUAUUUCUUUGAUCGAUUUUAGCCGUAUAUACGCAUGCACAUAGUCAAGAAAAAUCUACCAUCUUUCAUUAUCAAUACCUAGCUUUUAAAAAAUUGAAAAACAUACUCACAUAAUUAGUUAAGGCAUUAAUUUUAACAUAAAAAUAUCUUCUAUUUCAAUUGAAAGAGUUUGUUAAUUUUUUUUCUGUUUUUAUUGUGGCCACUGCUGCAAAAUGUUGUUGCAAUCAAGUUCACACUCUUCGCACAAGAAUUUGCCCAAACAUUUGCAGCCGAUAUAACUUCAGAAAGUUUACUAUUCGGAAGCUCCUCCAAUAUUUCAACUUCAUUAGAUGUGAUUUUUUUAAUAUGUCUUAAUUAGAAUUAACGGUUUUACUUGUUGCCAUGCAAAUGCUGCAAUAACUACAGAGUCUUUAAUGCAAAAUUUCUUCAAAAGUGACGUGAUCUCUCCGUCUGGUUGGUACACAAUAUCCGUCAGUAGACGCUUGUUAUAAUCGCCGUUAAUGUCUUGAUGACAUUCUAAUCCAUUCAUUGGAUCAGAGCCGUUGAGUUUUUCGGCAAAUACAUAACCUAAAACGGUCGAAGUAUUAAAAAACAUCCUAUGACUCAAAGGAAAAUUACCUCUAUGUAACCAUUUUUCGUUCUAACUUUUAAGUAAUCCAUAUCUGGAUGUCCAGGAGCGUUAUCUAGCUUUUAUUGGCAGUUUGUUGUUCUUCGAGUGCUUUUUUACACCAGACACAAAGAGGUUCAAAAACUAGUCAUUGAACACUUCUUGUGUUACCCACGUCCGCCUUUGAUCCUUAUAAACAACUUAGAGGUUUUCAAUUUUUGUGUUUUUGAAUACUUGGGGAUUUUUGGAUUUACCCACAAUUAACAGUUUCAGCAUAUGACUUCCAGCUCCAUUUGCACACACCAUUAGUUUCAUUUUCCUUUUUUUGAUCAGACAUUUUUGGUUCAUUCGAUGUUAUAAAUGAUUUUGAUGGAAGUUUACGUCAAUUUAAGCCAGUUUCAUCGGCAUUGUACACUUGUUCAGGUGUAAGGCCCAGUUCAAUGAUUUUUGCAUUUUUAUUUAGAUUGGCAAUAAAACUAGAAACUGACUCAUUAGCAGAUAAUUUCUCGCCGCUCAUAUGUAUGAAACGAAUACCAUAGGGCUUCUAAAAAUUUUCGAACCACCAAACACUAGCGCGAAAAUAAUCUUUUUUCGUAAUUUGUUGCUAAAAAACUUGACUUUUUCUUUUAGAAUGUCACCAGAAAUUGUGGCAUGUCUCUUUCUAUGUUGCUGGAGCCAUGAAUGAAGAGCUUCUUCAACUUGUGGAUAUUCGCAGAUUCCUCCUUUUUCCUUUUCCUCAUAUUUUCUUUUUCUUAUUUUUCUUAAUUUAUGUAAUAGGAUCGCCAUGCCACCGCCGAAAUAGCGUUCGUAGAUGGUCUUGAUCUGCAUCGUCCGGAUUUUUGCAUUGGUCUCGGAUAUUUUAAGUGUUCAUUGAAAUAAUCUAUUGUUUUUGAUUCUCGAUAGUGAUACUGUUAUUAUUUAAAGUCUCGUUAAUCAUCAUGUUUUGUGUGGUUGAGGAUUCAUUAUAAAUUCGUCCAGUCUCAUCACUCUUAUCAGUACCAGUUAGUCUUGUUUCCACAGAUGGGGGGCUGUCCCCAUUAUUAAUAUGACUUCCUGCUUUUAUGACAUCCAUCUGUAAAAUAUUUAUUUUAGAUUUCAUCUCUAGAUGGUACAUGUAGUGGGUUCAGUAUUUGUUUUUACUACUAAGAGAAAUCCAUCAGAGUUAAUUUCAUCUUCCGAUAAAACAGUUUCAGCUAAAUAAUCAUCAGUAUUCUUGUCAGCUAGGACUUUAUUUUCAAAUGUUCGGAGCUUUUCGAGCAUCCAAUCCACUAUUUCCACAAUACUUGAUCUGAACGCCGUCAAAACCUUGUAGAUGCUUGGAAAAUCGGCAGAAGCCAAUUCAUUCGCAUUUACUCGUUCUGCUUCUUAGACGUCUAAUUGUAUAUUUUUCUCUAUCGUAUUUUGAACGCACUUGGAAUAGUCCACUGCCUGCAGGUCAUAAGGAAACAAUCCGCAUCGCUUGAAUCCUUGGCGGAUAUGCUCUGAUAUGUUUAUGUUUGAAAGAGCUUGUUGGAAAACAGAUGCGAAAAAUGUCUUGGAUAGUAUUUUAUCCAUAUUUUCAUUUUACCAAUUUCUGACAGAAUUCUGCCAAUAAACUUUCAAAGGCUUAAAUACAGCCACAUCAGCUGGUUGCAUUAUAUGCAUCGAAUUCGGGAGCAAUGCAUACAAGAUGAUGCCAUUCUCAUCGCAAUAUUCACUGAUUUCAAUUGACAUAUGCGAACGAUUUCCAUCGACGAAAAACAAAACUGGUUUCUAUUAUAUUUCGACUCAGAAUCCAUUUGUUCAGUCCGUUUGCUACAUAUUCAUAAAAUAUAUCAGCACGCAUCCACCCACUUUCUGACUUUCCCAAAAUCCAAUCUGGUGGCAUGCUUUCUGCAAUUGCCCUUAGCAAUUAGCAAAGUUAGCUAUCGAGCUGAAACACUUCUCAAAAUUAAAUAAAUGCAAAUGUUUGCUAUUGGAAGUACAUAACAAGAAAUUAAAGGUAUAACCUACUAACAGCUUUUGAUAUAUUACCUAUUUUCGUUCCAUUUUUUGGAAUUAUUUGUCGAGUCAAUGACGUGAUGUCGGAUUACUGAGUGUGUCAGACUAACGAGUAAUUUUAUUAUUAGUACUUAAACCAUUUCACAACCCUUUUACAUUUCAGAAAUACUUACUUUUUAUCAGGUACCAAUUGUCAGGUAAUUCAUAAACUAAAUUCCAGUACCAUCCAUUAAACAUUGAGCAAACUUCUUUAACACCUGAUAUUUUUUUCAAGAAAUAAGUGUACAUAUUAAUUUCGAAUACUAUUAUAAUUGAGUUUUAAAAAUUGCUUGAUAAUUGUUCGGCACAGCUCUACUAUAAUUUAUGCCAUUAUUGUUUUAUAAUGUGUUUUGGCAUAUUUUGAAAAUUAUUUCAAAUACUUUGAUAAUUUAACAUUCCAAAGGCACGAAAAGUCUUAAUCGACAUUUAAAAGUGAAAUCAAACGAUAUUAAACUACGUUUAAAAGGCUGAUUUAGAACGUACGUAUUUUGUUCUUGUAAUUAUUAUUUUAUCGAAACCAGUAUACGUAAUAUAUACCUCAGAAUACUAUAAAAGCAACACAAUAUUUAACUGCAAAAACUUGAAGAUGUAAUUAUAAAAUGUUUGCAGUUAGAUUUUGUGCGUGUUGUGUAUACGCAUUCUUGAAAUUUAUGCUCAUUUCAGUAUUAUAUAAUUGUAAUUUUAUUAAAAUAAGAAUCUACUUACCUGUAAAUGCUAUACUGUUGAAUGUUAUUAAUAUAUCUAUAGUAGCGAAGUAUUCUAUUGGUUAUCCAGGUUUCUUUUUCAAUUUGUCGAUUCUAGCGGGCCUCUCAUCGACUGGGAACAAAAGCUGUGAUACAAAGCAAUCGUCUAGUAUUUAUCGGUAUUUGUAGUAGGCUAUUCGAAACAAUUUUCUUUUUUUCAAAGAAUAUUAAUUGUCAAAUAAAUAAAUUUAUUUUCCUCGCAUCAGAACAGAAUUGAUUUUCAUUUUACCCUUGUACCGACGAAAGCUUAGUAACGGAACGGGUCCAGUAGUAUCAUGUCACAGGUUUAGUUUGUUUAUGCUAAUUCAGUCGAUUUGUAUCUGGCAACUUUCUUUUCCCAGUGAAAAGGAGACCUUAUAGAUCUUUAGUAUAUUCUCAAUGCAUCAAAGGGUUUAAUGUGAGUAUAAAAUUUUUUUAGCGUCAUCCGACUCAUGACAAGAUAACACAUAUCUUGAUUUAUCUAUGAAGUAUUUUUUUCAUCAAAAACCAAUAUACUUUGUUACUUAUCCAUUUUCUACAAAUUAUAUCAAAACAAAAAGUAUUGUUCAGUAUUAAAAAACAAGAUGAAGAAAUUAAUUUGUACUCAGAAAAUACCAUUAGAUUGUUUACUGGUAAAAGAUCAUAUAAAUUUUCGAGUACAGUUUUAAGUAUACUAUUUGAAACAAAUAUACGUAAUUAUACAAUAAAUAGUAUAAGAAAAACCGAAAAAUUUCCAUCCAAUGCAUAUAUUUAGGAGUUUGUUAUUGUAGAUCUGUAAUUUUUAACUAUUUCUGUCUUUAUUCUCUAAAAAUGGUUGACAUAAAAUGAUUCUUCCUAACAUAAGUUCCACUACUUGUGUUCUUAAUACAGUAGUAUCAGUAUUCAAUGAUUAAUCACACAAAACCAAAUUUUCAAGUUGAAAAA